CAAAUUUGGAUGUAUUUCGACAGCUGAUGCAAAAACGUGUGAAAUUUUUAACCGGCAUCGGCAUUUAACGAAAAUAAAACAAAAAUCCCACAAAAUACUAAUACAAAUACCAUAUAGUAACCAGUAGGUUGCAACCAUAAGAAGUAAAGAAAUGACGAACGAUUUGAAAUCCCGCGUGGAAGGCUGCGUACGCACAGCAGAGGAUUUUACACGCAUUUAUUAUGCCUCCUUCGAUUCACGACGCCAUCAGAUUGGACGACUUUAUAUAGACACCGCCAUCUUCAGUUAUAAUGGUAACGGAGCAACUGGACGCGAAAUGAUCGAGCGUUACUUUUUGGAAUUGCCCACAUCCAACCAUCAGUUGACCACCCUGGACGCCCAACCGAUUCUUGAUGCAGCUGUGGCAAAUCAAAUGACCUAUCUAAUCCUAGCCAGUGGCACUGUCAAAUAUGCCUCACAACCGAUUAAAAAUUUUCAACAAUCGUUUGUUAUAACGGCACAAAAUGACAAGUGGAAAAUUGCCUCCGAUUGCUACCGCUUGCAGGAGGUGUUACUGUGAGGCAGUUCCAAUCACCACCAAAUCCAUAUUUUAGGCUUUAACUUUAAUCCCAAGCUGAUAGUUAUAAUAAAUAUCGCCAUAAAUAUACCUUGGCAGCAGCAAAUUGUGUCUAUUACAUUUGGUAUUUGUAAAUAAAUAUGAUAAUCCCUUGAAGAAAACAGA